GAGGAUGCUUUAGACCAAGAGAUUGAGGUCAGCUUGGCAACUAGUGAAAUUCUGUCUCUAUUAAAAAAAAUGAAGAAAUCUAUCUGGGCAUGGUGGUACAUAUCUAUAGUCCUACCUACUCUGGAGGCUGAAGUGAGAGGAUCACUUGAGCCCAGGGGUUGAAAGCUGCAGUGAGCUAUGCUUGCACCGCUGUGCUCCAGCCUGGGUGACAGAGUGAGAUCCUGUCUCUAAAAGGAAAUUAGCAUUCUGUGGUUCCAUUAAGCUAAUCCCCUUCUUCCGUCUUCUAUAGGGUUUCUUACCUGCCUCUAGAGAUAUGAACCCCCUUUGGUGUAGUUAGUGGAGCAGGAAACAUUAGAGGCAAAAAGGUUGUGAGUUUUUUGUGGUUAUUCCCAGGAAGGUGAAAAUAUUACUCUUCCCUAAGUUGUCAGGGUUUUCUCCCUUAUUCUUCACAUAAGUAAGUAUGUACCUGUGUUUAUUUUUCUGUUCACUUAUUAGCCAGUUGAUUCUUCUUUUUACAUAUUUGUUUACAUACUCAUAUAUGUGUUAGUAGGUAUGCUUGUGUCUGUUAGACAUAACCAGGCAAUCCUUAAUGUAUUAUCAGAUUGCAUUUUAACAUUUGUUAGGUUGACCAUUUGAGACUUUACAUUUUUCUAUAGAAACUUUGUGAAAUAUGGUUAUUAGGUUUUUACUACCCCAUAGAAUACUAUUUAGCUCAUAAUAAGUGUAUUAUGUCAGUGGAAGAUACAGCUGAGGCUCCAGUUAGAGUUAAGUUGCUGUGAAUUAAUUUGGCAAUAAGAAAAUUGGUUUUUCCUUUUUCUAUAAUUCAAGAGCUUAUUUCCUGUACCUUUCCCUAUUGUCUUAGCAGCUAAAUGGAGUCCUCCUUUUCCCACUCCCACUCUGUGGCAGUAAUAGUAAGAGGGAUCUCCCAUUGUGGGAGUUCCCAUUGUGCUUUCUAUCAGUAAUUAUAAUUAGGAGUGAGGCCAGGUUCUGGGUAGGUGAAGAUGAAUGACAUAUACAUAAGUGGCGAUCAUUCUUUAGUAAGCUCUUUGUUCAGUUAUAUACAGACAGUUCUUUACAUACAUAUUACCUUUUUUUAAAUUAUAAAGAUACGGCAUGUUACAGCGGAGAAAGUAUUAGUAUUUUGUUUAAGUCAUUUAAUCUCUCUGGGUCUUGGCUCCUUACGCAAAACGUCAAGGGUUAGACUAAAUGAUCUUUAAGUCCCUUCCAGCUAUAAAAUUAUGCCAUUCUCUACUUUGGGUGAAUCUAAAGUUGAACAAAGACAAUAUAAAUAGUGUGAAAUUAUUCAUGCUACCGUGUCCCUGUGUUUACAUAGAUGAUCAAGAGUUUACAAAAUACUGAUUUUCUUUUAAUGAAAUACUAGAUUACCAUUGUAAUUCCAAAAUUCAAAAUUGUUCUCUUGUAAUAUUUUGAUGUAUAGGUAAAUAUAUGCAGAUUUAGACAUGCAGCAGAGCUGGUUUCUAGUUUCUUUGUGUUGAAUUAAUAUAAAUGGAGUGUUUGCAACCAAGUAAGUAAAGGAGACUUAGCCCUGGAUUGUUUUAUUUUAUUUUAGUACUGGAUAGUAAAUGGUUUGAGUCUUUUUGUUUUCCUGGCAGGGGUGAUUGGGAUGUUUGAGAUGAGUCAGUUAAAGGGUAAUUGCUGUUGAUUGCAGAAUAAAAGAAGGAAGAAAUCAGUGACAGCUCUUUUUGCAGAUAGCAUAAAUCCUUGGACAAGAAACGGGAAGAACAUUUUCUGAACAAUAAUAUACCUGUAGAUAAUUUAUUGUAACCAGAUCAGCAAAGCUUUAUUACUCUGGGUCAUAUACCAGGGUAGAAAAAUAGAAGCUGUGUGUUCCAGUAUUCAUGGUGAUGAGAUUUAUCUGUUUUUAUUCCCCCUUUUUUGGUGAGGGGCAAUGGGAAAGACCACCGAAUGUCUAAAAUUUUUAUUAAGCAAGUUCAUAUUAUGCACUGUGUUAUUCAGUCACAUUUCCUUAUAAAAAUCCAUAAGGAAAAUUAAGUUAUCUAUAUUACCAGUACCUGAUGAUAUACUGCGUAUUUCUUUCUAGUCUUUUUUGCUUGGCUGCUAAAAUAUUUCUUUUGUUUUAAAGAGUACUGGAAACUAUAUAACUUUUUGUAUUCUGUCUUUACUUAAUAUUCAUUCAUGGUCUUUCUCAAAAAUUUUAACCAUUCUUUGAAAACAUGAGUUUUGGAGAACGAUCCAAGAUGGCCGAUCGCUAACAUCCCGGGAUUGCAGCUCUCAGGGAAGGCGCGGAGAACUAGAGGACGCCACACUUUCAGACAGUCUGGUCGCUCACGGAGCAGAAGAUCCCCCAGUGGUGGAAACACACGGGUCGCCAGCGCGACUCUCGUGGUCGGCGCAGCGGUUCCGCCGGCACCUCGGCGCGGCAGCUCUCGGAGCAGAGUAAACGGGACCGCUUCCCCUUCUGACCGAGGUUUGGAGCCCCGGGAAGGCAGAGUCGCCUACUACGGAAACAAGAAGGAAGCCCGACAGGAGAAUCCUGGGCAGAAAAGCACCAUCAGUUUUAACGCCGUUGCUCUGGCCCUGGGAACUAACAACCUGGACGUCCACUCAAGAGACCUAAUCUGAAAGUUGGUAAUCUCAAAGACGAGAGGAGGAAUAAAUUUACAAUGACGGGAAGAAACCAGCGUAAAAAGCUGAGAAUACUCAAAGUCAGAACGCCUCUCCCUCUAAAGAUGAUCACAGUUCCACAUCAACCAUGGAACAAGGCUUGAUGGAGAACGAGCGCCUCCUGAUGACAGAAUCACUCUUCAAGGAAUGGAUAAUAACAAACUUCGCAGAUCUGCAGAAUUCUGAAUGCCCAUAUGGACUCUCCACCGUGGAUUGAUCAGAAUUCAGAAUACUUGCCCUCUGCUUUGCGUGUUAUUCCUGAUCCAGAGCUCAUUCGGUUCACCUUCUCCAAAGGAAAAUUAUCUCCACGACUUGAGUAGGGAGAAUUGCCCAGAUGAGUAGAGAGGGUCAACAGCUGUGUGAAGAGUGAUGAGCAUGUCCUGGAGGAGCUGGAAACAGAAGGGGAGAGACAGCUGAAAAGCCUCCUUCAGCAUCAACUUGAUACUUCUGUCUCUAUUGAAGAAUGUAUGUCUAAGAAAGAGAGCUUUGCUCCUGGUACUAUUUACAAGCCCUUUGGGAAGGAAGCAGCUGGGACUAUGACUUUGUCCCAGUUCCAGACACUGCACGAGAAGGACCAGGAAACUGCUUCUCUCAGGGAGUUAGGGCUUAAUGAAACAGAAAUCUUGACCUGGAAGAGCCAUGUUACAGGUGAAAAGAAAACAAGACUGAGGGCAACUCCUGAAGCAAUACAGAACCGUCUUCAAGAUAUUGAAGAAAGGAUCGCGGAGCGUCAGCGCAUUCUUUGCCUGCCACAGAGAUUUGCAAAGAGCAAACAGCUGACCCGGCGGGAAAUGGAAAUAGAAAAGUCUUUAUUUCAGGGAGCUGAUCGUCACUCCUUCCUUAAGGCUCUUUAUUACCAAGCAUACCACAAAAAGACAAAUGCAGACAAGUACAUGACCUCAAUGAAGAGGAAGAUAAAAUUAGGCACAAAAGAUGAACCCCAAAAGAAGAACAAAGGUGAUCCCAUGAACAACCUGGAAAGUUUUUACCAAGAGAUGAUAAUGAAAAAACGUCUUGAAGAGUUCCAACUUAUGAGAGGUGAACCCUUUCCUUCCCACUCACUGGUCUCAGCUCCAUCAGUGGGUGAUAGUGGCACAGCUGAGAACCCAUCAUUACUCGAGGACAAGGGAAAACAGGCAGCACAGGGUAAAGGUCCCAGUCUCCAUGUGGCAAAAGUUAUUGAUUUUUCACCUGAGCAGUGUUGGACUGGGCCUAAGAAGCUGACGCAGCCAAUAGAAUUUGUCCCAGAAGAUGAAAUCCAGAGAAAUCGUUUGUCAGAGGAAGAGAUCCGAAAAAUUCCUAUGUUUUCUUCAUAUAAUCCAGGGGAACCAAACAAGGUGUUAUACCUGAAGAACCUUAGCCCUCGAGUGACUGAAAGAGAUCUUGUGUCAUUGUUCGCUCGGUUCCAGGAGAAAAAAGGACCUGCAAUUCAAUUCCGAAUGAUGACUGGACGAAUGAGGGGCCAGGCUUUCAUCACCUUUCCCAAUAAGGAGGUAGCAUGGCAAGCAUUGCAUCUAGUAAAUGGAUAUAAACUACGUGGGAGAAUACUGGUGAUAGAGUUUGGAAAGAACAAAAAGCAACAGUCAAAUCUCCAAGCUACUUCUCUCAUAUCAUGUGCUACAGGUAGCACUACAGAAAUAAGUGGUAGCUAGAAUAUAUAUAGAUUGUGGGUCUUGGAUGGUCUUUCUUGUGAUGGAAUCUUGGAUCUAGGAUUUAUGUAUAGACAUUAGUUUGUUUGGAGUUGAAGAGGAAAAACUAACUGAGGGAGGGGAAAAAAUUAAUUCAGGAAACCCCUUUCAACUUUUGGAGAGAACUAGUAGAAAACAUUUUCUAUUAUAUAAUUGAAAACUAUAUGGGACAGAUGAUAUAUGCUGAGUAUGAAGGGUAGAGUGCUAAGAGUAUUAUUUUCUCAGGAUAAAUUACAAGGGAUUAUUCCUAAGGAUUUUUUAAAAUCUUUAUAAUUUUUCUGGGGUCCUCAAUAUUUGUCCCUAGGGAUAACAUUCUUUCUUAGACUGCUUCCUAUAUACAGAAAUAAAAAACUAAUUAAAUGUUGAAAUAUUUCUUUACUAGAGCCCAUUUGUCCAUAUUUCAUCCACCUAGUAAAUAAAAGAGCAGGACCCCAGGCCUAAGCAUCAACAAAUGCUAUUAAGUCAGAACUCUCAUCAGUAAUAGUAGGUAGUUUCAUAAGUCAGUUGACAUAUUUAAUGAAUGCUUCCUCCACAAGUUAUCAGUCUUCAAAAAGCUAUAUAUUUUUCUAGUUAAAUCUUUUAGAUCAAAAUGUUGGUGUUCUCAUAGCCAUUUAAGCUAACAACCAUUGAGUAAUCAUUGAAUUCAAAGCAAUAAACAUUGAUUAAGUGUCUAAUAUAUGUUAAUAUUAGGCAUAUGAAUUUUAGAAGAGGAACAUACUAGCAAAGAAUACCAAAGGGAAGUGGGAAAAAAGAGUCCUCUAGAUAGAGGAUGCCAGUCACAAAUCCCCCAGUUGUUUUUUAUGGUUUCUGGAAAAUAAAAAGAUAAUAUAUAGAGAGGAAGUAGUAUAAACUGGAGUCAGACCUGUACAGCCACUCAUAACAUUCAGUGACCUUGGCAAGUCACUUAAUUUGAGCCUCGCUUUCUUCAUCUAUAAAGUGAGGAUAAUAAUGCUACUUACCUCAUUGGGUUGUGAAGAUGAACUGAGAUAUUAUCCAGGCUGAAGAACAGAAAGAAAAAAUAUGAAUAAAAUUGAGCAAGAGUAUAGAACCUGUGUGACACCAUUAAUUAAGCAUUCCUACAUAUUUGUAAUGGGAGUACAGGAAAAAAGGAAGAGAAAAGAAGGAGCAGAAAAAUAUUCUAAGGAAUAAUGGCUAUAAAUACCCCCAAUUUGAUGAGAGACAUUAACCUACACAUCCAAGAAGAAAAAGAAAUUACAGAUACAUCAUAAGAAAAAUGCAAAAACCCAAAAAUAAAUCUUGACAGCAAUAUGAGAAAAAUGAGGAACUCAAAUAAAAUUAACAGUUGACUUCUCCUCAGAAACAGUGGCAGUGGCAGUGGAAUAACACAUUCAAAGUAUUCAAAGAGAAUAACUGUCAACCAAUAAUCCUAUAUACAUUAAAACUAUUUUUCAAAAAUGAAGGUGAAAUAAAACAUCUCACAUAAAUCAAAACUAAGAGAGUUUGUUGCUGGCAGACUUGACUUACUGGAAAUACAAAAGGAAAUUCUUCGGGCUGAAAGCAAGUGACCUCAGACAGUAAUCUGAAUCUACGCACAUGCAGCAAAAGAGCACAGGCAAAAAUAUUUAUGUAAUUAUCAGAAACAAUCUAUGCAUUUUUUUCCUCCUAACUAAUGUAAAAAGCAAUUGCAUAAAACAAUAUGUAUAUAGUUGCAUUGUUUGGCCUAUAACAUAUAAAAUAUAUAUUUGCAAAUAACAGGGCAAAAAGCUGAGUUGAAGUAAAACUGUGUUGUACUAAAGAACUGAUUCCAGAUGGUAACACAAAUCAACAGGAACAAAUGGAGAGAACGUGAAAUAGAAAGAAGUCUAAUACAAAAAAGAAUCUAUAAACAUUCUUCUCUCAGCUUGUUUUAAAGAUGUAAAAUUAUAUUAAGUAAUUAUAAUAAUGUGUGUUAGGUUUAUAAUGUAUAGAAAUAACAUGUAUAACAAUACCACAAAGAGAGGGUGGAUUUAUAUAGGAAUAGGAUUGUUACAUUGGAAUUAAGUUAGUAUUUAUCUGAAUCCUGUUAGUUAAGAUGCGUAUGGUAAGCCCUAGAGCAACCACUAAGGUAAUAUCUUUUAAAAAAUCAAAAAUAUUAUUAAAGAAAUGUAAAUAUCACAUUAUGAAAUACUCAGUGCAAAAGAAGGAAUGGAGAAGCAAAAAGCUUGAGGCAUAUCGAAAACAAACAGUAAAAUGGCAGUCGUAAACCUUCGUAUAUCAAAAUAACAGUAAGGGCCGGGCACAGUGGCUCAAGCCUGUAAUCCCAGUACUUUGGGAGGCCGAGGCGGGUGGAUCACGAGGUCAAGAGAUCGAGACCAUCCUGGUCAACAAGGUGAAACCCCGUCUCUACUAAAAAUACAAAAAUUAGCUGGGCAUGGUGGCACGUGCCUGUAGUCCCAGCUACUCGGGAGGCUGAGGCAGGAGAAUUGCUUGAGCCCAGGAGGCGGAGGUUACAGUGAGUCAAGAUUGUGUCAUUGCACUCCAGCCUGGGUAACAAGAGUAAAACUCCGUGUCAAAAAAAUAAAAAUAAAAAUAACAGUAAAUGUGCAUGGAUGCAGCAAUACUAUCAAAAGGCAGAUUGUCAGAACAAGUCUGAUUCAACAGUCUGAUUCAACUUCAUGCCAUCUAUCAGAGACACACGUUAGAUUAGAAGAUAGAAAGAGAUUAAAGAUAAAAGGAUGGCAAGCAAAUAUACCACACAAAGCCAUAAGAAAGCUAGAGUGGCUAUUCUAAUAACAGACAAAAUAGACUUAAAAAAAGUCAUUAGAGAUAAAGAAUAAAAUUUUUAAAUGAUAAAAGAAAGGGUCAAUCCAUCAGCAAGAUGUAACAGCCAUAAAUAUUUAUGCACCUAACAACAGAUCCCAAAUAUAUGAAGGAAAAACUGAAAGGAAAGUAGAAAAUAGAUAAGUACAUAAAAAGAGUUGGAAUAUUCAAUAUCCUGUUUUCAGUAAUAGAGCACCGAGACAGAAGAUAAACUAGGAAAUAGAAGACUUGAACAGCAUUAUAAGGCAAAUUGACCUAAAAGACAUCUGUAAAACUUUCCACCCAACAUCAGAAUACAUAUGAAACAUCAUAUGUAUAAUACAUCAACAUCAGAAUGCAUAUGAAACAUUUCCAAAGUAGGCCAUAAGUUAAAGCAUAAAACAAGCCUUAAUAAAUAUAAGUGGACUGAAAUCGUGCAAAGCAUGUUCUCUGACCACAUGGGAUGAAGUUAGAAAGCAAUAACAGAAAGUUGGGAAACUCACAAAUAUGUGGAAAUCAGACACACUUGUAAGUGACUAGCUGCAUGCAGUAGCUCACGCUGGAAUCUCAGCACUUUGCCAGGCUGAAGUGGAGGAUCCCUUGGAUCCCUUCAGGCCAGGAAUUGAGGACCAGCCUGGGCAACACAGCAAGACCCGGUUUCUAAAAAAAAAAAAAAAAAAUGACCAAUGCUUCAAAGAAAAAAAAUCAUAAGGGAAAUUACAAAAUUAUUUGAGAUGAAUGAUAAGACACAACAAACCAAAACUUACAAAAUGCAGCUUAAGCAAUGUUUACAGGAAAAUUUAUAGUUAUAAAUAUCUAUACUUAGAAAGAUAAUAGCACUAAUCUCACUUUACACCUUAAGACCCUGGAAAAAGAAGACCAAACUUAACCUAGAGCCAGGAGAAAGAAGGAAAUAUAAAAGAUUAGAUGAGAACAAAUGAAAUAGAGUAAAAAAAGUAGAGAAAAAUCAGUGAAACCAAAAGUUGAUUCUGUGAAAAGAUCAAUAAAAUUGACACACCUUCUGCUAGUUUGACCAGGGAAAAAGGAGAAUCAAAUUACUAAAAUCAGAAAUAAAGGAGGGAACAUUUCUACUGACCUUGUAGAAAUAAGAUUAUGAAAGCAUAUUAUGAAUAAUUUUAUGUCAAUAAAUUAUCCUAGAUGAGGUGGACAAAUUCCUAGGAAGAUACAAACUACCGAAACCAAUAUAGAAAUAGAAAAUUUGAAUAAACCUGUAUCAAGUAAAUAGGUUAAAUGAGUAUUUUAAAAGAUACCCAUAAAGAAGAGCGCAGGCUCAAAUGGCUUCUUAAAUGAAUUCUAAAAAAGUUUUAAUGAAAAAUAAUACAAGUUCUUCACAAACUCUCAACAAUUAGAAGAGCAGGGAACACUUCUAACACAUACUACAACAUGGAAGAACCAGAAUAUGCCCAGUGCAAGAAGCCAGUCACAAAAGACUACAUAUUAUAUGAUACUAUUUAUAUGCAGUAUCCAGAAUUGGCAAAUAUAUAUAGAUAGAAAGUGGAUUAGUGGUUGCUUAGGGCUGAUACAGAGUUUGGGGGAAUGGGAAGGGCUGGGAUAAUAGCUGAAGUGUAUGAAGUUUCUUUAGAGGUUGAUGAAAAUGUUCUAAAAUUGAUUGUGAUGAUUUCACAACUGAAUAUACUCAAAACCAGGAAUUGUACACUUUAAAUGGGUGAAUUGUGUGGUGUAUUAAUUAUAUCUCAAUAAAACUCUCAAAAAUAGGGAUGUCCAUUGGUAGGAAAAUGGGUAAAUAACUUAUGACACAUCUAUUUAGUACAAUACUAUGCAGCUAUUAAAAUAGUGAAGUGUAUCUAUGAAUGUAUUAUGACCUGUACUCAUGUCCAAGGUUGUGUAUUAAGUUAAAAAACAAGAUGCAGAAAUAUAUAUGGUGUGAAUACAUUUUUGUGCAAAAGCAUUAAUAUAUGUAUAGUAUGUAUAUAUAGAUAUUUCUGAAUAAAUUUACGAAAAAGCUGGGAAAUAGACAUAGAAAGCUGUAAACCUUUGGAAGUGGGACUGAACAGGCUGAAGGAGGACUUUCACUUUGUACAAUUUUUAAAGUGAUGUGAUUCGGGGUGAGUUUUACUUUUUUCAGCAUUUUUUAAAUAAUUUUUUUUAAAAUUCUGCCAAUGGCGUGGCUUCCAGAAUAUUUUUCAGGCCUACUCUGGUGAUACUAUCUGACUAUACUCAGAACAAACUCCUAUUCCUUUGAUACACUGCUCACUUAGGAUUAACACUCCAAUUUCAGACUUUGUUUAAGUGACAAGGAAUAAAUUAUCCUGGUGUAGCCUCCUGCACAUGUUGCCAGGGGCAUACUUCUAAGCUGGACAUUUGUAGAAGGAACUGCUUCCUGUUAGGUAGAAAAUCUCACCUCUGCUUUUUACUAGACCUAAAGACCACUGCAAUUAAGGAACAUAAAAAUGAAGGAUAUCCUUCAAUUGGUGCAUAAACUGUAGUAUAUCCAUACAGUGGAAUCCUACUCAGCAAUAAAAACGAAUGAAAUAUACACGCAGCCACGUGGAUGAAUCUUAAAUACAUUUUACUAAGUAAAAGAAGCCAAACUAAAAAGGCUACUUACUGUUUGAUUCCAUCCAUAUGAUUUUCUCAAAAAGCAAAACAAUAGGGAUGGAGAAAAAAUUUCAGUGGGUGUCAGUGGUUAAGGCUGGAAUGCUCCUUGACUACAAAGUGGUCGCACAAGGAAUUUGUUUUAAUAAUGGAAAUUUUCUGUAUCUGUAUUUUAGUUACAUAAGUAUGUGCAUUUGUCAAAACCCAUAGAUAGGCUUGUACACCAAAAAGAAUGAAGUUUACUGUGUGUAAUUUUUUUUAAUAAAUGUUAUUUUUAUGGAAGAAAAAAAA